AUGUCGUCUCCUUCUUACGCUGGUAUGUCCGGCAGGAAGCUUUCCCUGACCGUUUCUACUAUCGCCACUAUGGGUUUCUUGUUGUUCGGUUACGAUCAGGGUGUUAUGUCUGGUAUCAUUAACGCUACUCCCUUCGACGAUGUCUUCACUGUUACCAAGGAGGCUGGUACUCAGGGUUCCGUCAUGCAAGCCUUGAUCACCGCUGUCUACGAAGCCGGAUGUUUAUUCGGUGCCAUGUUCGCCCUUUUCACUGCUGAUGCUAUUGGUCGUCGUUGGAUGAUUAUCGCCGGUGGCGCCGUUAUGAUCCUUGGUGUCGUUAUCCAAGUCACCUCUUUCGCCGAUCACAUUCCCCUCCUGCAAUUCAUGAUCGGCCGUAUCAUUACUGGUGUCGGUAACGGCAUGAACACCUCUACUAUCCCCACUUACCAGGCUGAGUGCUCCCGUACCAGCAACCGUGGUCUGCUUAUCUGUAUCGAGGGUGGUGUGAUUGCCAUCGGUACGGCUAUUGCCUACUGGAUUGAUUUCGGUGCUUCUUACGGACCUGCCGAUCUCACAUGGCGUUUCCCCAUCGCUUUCCAGAUCGUCUUCGGUCUCGUCAUUGUGAUCGGUAUGUUCUACAUGCCUGACUCUCCUCGUUACCUGAUCUCUCGCGGUAAGGUCCACGAGGGUGAGUACGCUCUUGCUGCCCUGGCUGGCACUGAAAUCGAUGCCCCCGAGACCCAGCUCCAGAAGCAGCUCGUCAUUGAAUCUAUCGAGGCAGCUGGUGUUGCUAACGGUGCUGGCUACUCCGACCUGUUCACUGGUGGCCGCACCCAGCAUUUCCGUCGUAUGCUUAUCGGAUCUUCCUCUCAAAUUGCUCAGCAGCUAUCUGGUUGCAAUGCUGUCAUCUACUACCUGCCUGUGCUUAUGGAGAACUCCCUUGGUAUGGAUACCACCCUUGCCCUGAUUAUCUCCGGUGUGAACAUGAUCGUCUACGCCAUCUUCGCCACAUUCUCCUGGUUCUUCAUUGAGAAGAUCGGUCGUCGCAAGCUUUUCCUUGUCGGUAUGUCCGGACAAUGUGUUUCCAUGAUCAUCGUCUUCGCCUGUCUCAUUCCCGGCGGUGCUGGACCUGCCAAGGGUGCCGUCUUCGGUCUGUUCCUGUACAUCGCUUUCUUCGGUGCCACCAUUCUUCCUCUCCCAUGGUUGUACCCUGCUGAGAUCUCGCCUAUCCGUACCCGUGCCAAGGCCAACGCUGUCUCCACCUGCUCUAACUGGAUUUUCAACUUCACUGUUGUCAUGAUUACUCCUGUCAUGGUCGCCCGUAUCGGAUGGGGUACUUACCUUUUCUUCGCUGCGUGGAACGCCGUCUUCAUCCCCAUCAUGUACCUCUUCUACCCCGAGACCGCUGGUCGCAGUCUGGAGGAAAUCGACAUCAUCUUCGCCAAGGGCUUCUGCGAGAAGAUCAGCUACGUCAAGGCUGCCAGAGAGCUCCCCAAGCUCACCGAUGAGCAGGUCGAAGAGAAGGCUCUUGAGUACGGCUUCGGUGAUCUCGGUCAUCCUGAGGAUAUGGAGAAGGGUAACCCCAACUCCUCUUCUGAGGAUGAGCAGCGUGAGAACUACCAGGAGGAGCACACCACCACUCUGCACGAGUAA